GUGGUGUUGCAGUGAGCAUGCGCACUGGUGUACUCAUUGUCAGCGAUGCAAGUUGUGAGGCUUCAGCAAUAAAACUGGCGAUGGAGACGUGAAGAAGGCUCUCUCACCUCUUUAACCUCUUCUACUGCACAAACAGACAUUGAGCAAACCCUUCCAGCAACUGGUGUUGUCUGUCUACCCGUGUGUAUAUAUAUAUAUAUAUACAUACACAGCCGUGAAUAUUGUCGGAGUAUUCUUCCAGUUUUGGAUGCCUUUGCAGAUAUGGCAUUUGGCUGGCCACAAAAUAUUCCUGACACUCUUCAGGAAAUGUGCUUGAAUAUUUUUGUCAAAAAUCCAGAGGCAUUAGCCACCAUUACAGAGGGUAAUCGUUAUACUUUACGCCCUGGCAUUUUCUUGCCACAGGAAAUAUGUGAAGGACUUUUAAAAGCAUGGCGAGAACGACCUGAAGAAUUAACCGAUGAUAUUCUGUACAUUUUUGAAGACCCUUCUCGGACUCGUCUUGCAAAGGUUAAUCUUUCUCAAACUUCAGUAACUAAUGAUGGGUUGGCCUACAUUCAGAAACAUACUCUUAGUGAUCUCUGCCUUUUGUCAUGUUCGAACAUUGACCCGUCUCGUUUGCUAUUUGAAAUGCUUAAUACCUCAGGUUAUUCAUUGCGAACACUGCAACUUGGAUUUAAGGAUUUACAGCAGAAGUCCUAUUUCAGUGAACUAAAAUGUCAGAUGAGCAAUGGUGAACAAUUUGUACAUAAUGAUAAACUAACUAUUUUUAACUGCCCUAAUUUACAAUGCCUCUCUUUGAGAAAAGUAAGCUUCAAAAGUUGUCCGUUACUGCUGAAUUCAGUGCUUAUGCCAUUGAAUCGACUCACAUUCCUUGAUCUUUAUCAGUGUGAGCUGAAACCAGAGUGCUUUGACUUUUUGAGCAAUGUACCCAAGCUGCUCUCACUCAGUCUGGCACAGGUCUAUCUACCCAAAGACAAAAUUGACAAAAUUAUAGACUCUAUAUGCAAACAUGUGAAAGGAUUAAGGCAUCUUGAUUUAGGUAUGUUAGACCAAAGAUCAAAGACAAAUUACCAAGACCCUGAAAAAAUUCUCAGCAGGAUAAUUCUCGGUCUUCCUGAUCUUGUGUCCUUGGAUAUUUCUGGUACAAACCUUGCUGGAGAGAAAGCAGUGACACCGGAAUCACACCGACUCGGGGUCAGAAGACCAAAUACAAAAUUAAAAGAAGAAGAAUCAGAAGAAACAAACUGCAGCAUUCCUGGUUUACAUGGGAAAACUCUUGAUUUUCUUGGACUUUUAAACUGUGCUAACGAUGCUUGUGAACGAGAAAGCAUACCUGCAAAACUAAUCACAGGUGACGCCAAUGAAGAGCAGAUCUUACUCUCUCUGCAAACCUAUCAAGACAGAAGCUCUCAUAUUAUUGUGGCUUUAAACAGUCUUUAUAAUCUAUUUCGGAGAUCUGUUGUGCGUAAUCAAGCCGAUGCACUUGAUGCUAUACUGUCGUGCAUGAAGCAACACCCAAAAGAUUGGCAUGUUCAGAUUUCAGGGAGUGCCUCGUUGUUUUAUAUUGUGAAAGGAGAACAAAUGGCUCAUGCCCCAAGGAAACUAAGGAAGAAAGCAAUUGAUAUCUUACUUGAUGCCAUGGAAAACAGAGAUGACGAACAAACUAUGCUGAGGAAUGGUUUUCUUACCCUCUGCCACUUUGAUAUUCCUCACGAAGUGCUUUACUGUUACAAACGUCUUGUCAAAAUUCUCCUUGGUGCUGUAACUCCAGAAAACCAAGACCAUUUAGUGCAACGUAUUGGUAUAUCUCUGCUGAAUUGUCUGGCUUGCCAAGUUGAUGGUACCGAGAAGAGAAUGGUCGGAGAGUUAGGAGUUAUUUGCACUAUGCUCUCCAUUGUUAGGCGGAAACUUGAGAGUAAAGUUUGUGAUGAAACCUUGGAAGUUUCCUGGAGUACCAUGUGGAAUGUGACUGAUGAGACUCCUUCAAACUGUGAAAAAUUCAUGGAUGGAGAUGGCAUGGAAUUAUUUAUUCAGUGUCUCAAGGAAUUUCCUGAGAAACCAGAGUUACUCCGAAACAUGAUGGGACUUAUGGGAAACAUAUCAGAAGUGAAAUAUUUGAGACCAAGACUGAUGAAUCAGAAAUAUAUUAGCAAAUUCAGUGAAUUACUGAAUUCUACAAGUGAUGGAAUUGAAGUCAGCUACAAUGCAGCUGGAGUUUUGUCUCACAUAGCUUGUGACGGUGCUGAAGCUUGGAUUAUUGAUAGCCCAAGACGAACAGACGUCCUCAAAACGAUGGUCGGUGUCAUAGAAAGUUGGGAUAUAUCAGCCAAACGUAAUAUCAAUUACCGGUCUUUUGAGCCUAUCUUACGUCUUGUACAAGCAUACGAUACCCCCGAGGCACAGCACUGGGCUGUUUGGGCUUUGUGCAAUUUAACGCGUGUUUAUCCUGAGCGUUAUUGUUCUCUUCUCGAGAAAGAAUCUGGAGUAGAAAUUCUUCUGGCGCUUAAGGCUGAUCCACGACCAUAUUCUCGCAUUAAAGAACUUGCCUCGAAGGUUGUAAGUCAAAUCACAGAAAAUAAGAACAAGCCUAGUGAGUCAAAAGAAGGUUCUGCGUCGCAUGUUGACUCUGAAAUGACAUCAGAAGAGGAAGACGAAGAGGACAGAGAGGAGGAAGUAGAGGAAGAGGGUGAAGAUAGUGAGGUAGAAAUGAUACAAUAAGGAGCAAACAUCUUUCUUGCCCUCUUUCUCUUUCUCUUCUUCUCCUCCUUCAAUAAUCUUACUUUUGGACUCUUUAUCUCAAUACUGUCUCCUCCUCCUCCUCCUCCUUCAGGCUUCCAGACCUUUUCCCCCUUGUUUCUUCUUCCAUUGUUCUUUUUUUUCUUUUUGUUAGCUUAAUGAACAUUUCUUUCAGCCAGACCAUCUUUUACUUCUGGCACCAUUGCAGCAUAGAUUUCAAUAUAAAAACAAAAACCAUAGACUACCGAACCGAAUGAGGUCUGUUGUUUAGAAGUCUCAUUCGAAUAAUAAAUAUGAACGAUUGUAAUGUUUGUUGUGAGUAUUUGAGUUAUAUAUUGGUCAGCAGUGAGGCCAGAGGAGAGAGAGAGAGAGAGAGAGAGAGAGAAGAACCACUUGGGAAAGAAAAGAAGAAAAGUCAAGAAUUAAGUCCCAGGAUUUCCUUCUGUUCUUUUUUUUUUUCCAAGAAAGGAAAAGAAGAAAAAGAGAAUUGUUUGGGAAUUGAAGAAGAUUGAUGUACGCUUUAUUAAUUCUCCUUGAUUGGUCCUAACUGUCACUCUUUAACCAAAUAUAACAGCUAUGGGCAAAGGAAAUUGGUAUUUUAAAUAAAAUAACAAAAAAAAAAGUUUAAAAUUACUUGGCCAAAUUGUUUUGUUUUUGAAAAGGACAAAAAGAAAAAACACUAAAAAAUAAAUAAAUAAAUAAAUAAAAGAACAUCUGAACCAGAAAAGGUAAGCAGAGCUUGCCAUUACUUGAAUAAUAAUAAUAAUGCUAUUUAUUUCUGUUUCUUCCUGCCUCUGAAGAGAUUCCAGACUGUCACACUUCUCACUUAAACACUUACAACUCUGCCAUUCUGACUCUUAAUUUAUCUUAUUUUCAUUAC